GGAAACAGGACAAACAGGACAGACACUGACUGGUUAUCGUGGCUCCCAGCAGACAUUUUCAUUGGUCACUUCACUGACUGUACAGUAAGGAGCUGAACUUUGUACAACUCUGACACUGUGCGGCUGUGCAGAGAAAGAAGUUAAACCUUCUCGCAGAGUAACAACGAUCAAAGUGCCUCAUACGGGAGCACUAUGGAUAAUCCAUUUGAAAAUGAACACAUUAAAAAAAUUAAAGAGGAGCUGCAAACCAAUGGACCUGACGCAGCAGCUGCAAAGAUCCAGGAGUAUUUGGAUGAGCGGGAUAAUAUUCCACUUAAUAUUGCAAUCACUGGAGAGACAGGCUCUGGUAAAUCCACCUUUGUUAAUGCCUUCAGAGGCAUACUAGAUGAAGAGGAUGAGAGAGCUGCUCCUGCUGGUUGUGUAGAAACCACCUUAGAGGUUUCACCAUACCCCCAUCCCAACUAUCCCAAUGUCAUACUAUGGGAUCUUCCUGGUAUUGGCACCUCUGAGUUUCCAGCUGAUGAGUACCUGGAGCAUGUUGGAUUUGAAAGGUUUGACUUCUUCAUCAUCAUCUCAGCUGAUCGCUUCAGAGAAAAUGAUGCAAAGCUCGCUCAGGAGAUUCAGAAGAUGGGGAAAAAGUUCUACUUCGUUUGUUCAAAGAUUGACAAUACCGUACGUGAUGAGGAACGCCGCCUGAGGUCAAGGUUCAGCGAAGAAAGGACUCUUAAACAAAUCAGGGACAACUGCAUUCAACGUCUUGAAAAAUUAGAUAUUGCGUCUCCACAAGUCUUCCUGGUGUCCAGCUGUGAGCUCCACCUGUAUGAUUUCCAUCUGUUAGAGGAGACCCUGGAGAGAGACAUCCCUGCACAGAAGAGGAACACUCUGCUGCUGGUCAUGCCCAAUGUCAAUCCUGAGAUCAUCAGAAAGAAGAAAGAGGCCUUUGGGUCUAAAAUCAAGUACCUUGCCUCUGUAUCUGCACUCAUAGCAGCUGCACCAGUUCCUGGGCUCUCUUUUGCCACUGAUAUAGCCAUGCUGGUUUCUACAGUCAGUCAAUAUCAGGUUACAUUUGGUCUUGAUAGCAAGUCACUGCAGAGUCUUGCUCUUAGUGCACAUGUGCCUUUGGCAGAUCUUAGAUCAGUGAUGACAUCACCACUUUGUUUAAACGAAAUAAACAAAGAGCUUAUCAUUAAAAUACUGGCCUGUUCUAUGGCUGACAUGGCAUUAAUGGCAGCAGAGGAAGGGUUCAGAUUAAUUCCAUUAAUUGGAAUCCCAGCAGCAGCAUCCCUCUCUUUUAUCUCCACCUACAAAGCUCUUCAUAUUUUCCUCGACAUGCUCGCUGAGGAUGCACAGAGGGUGUCCAAAAAGGCCCUGGGUUUCAACACCUCAGUGUGAUCAUAAAGGUGAAUGGAAAUGUGGCACGAUUAGAACUCUUAGUGUACAAUGUAAUCUUACUGUAUGUACAGUGUACAAAUCAGAGUGUUCUGAUCAUGUUGCAUAUUUAAUCAAACACAUUGAGCAAAUCAGGUAGUGUAAUGCUUACUGUCUGAAUACUUUAUAUUAAUCUGAAUGAAAUGAAGGCCUCUGAGUGAUCAAAUAAAAUGUUCAUUGAAAUGUACUAAAAUUAGUGAUUUUGUCUUUACAUUAUCUUAGUGAGCUCUCCAUCUCAUGUUCUGUAAGGUUGUACAAACAAAAUAUUCUGUUCCCACAUUACCGUCUUGUAGACGUAUGCUGUCUUUAUGGUAUAUUAACAUAUUUAGUUAAAAUGUACACAUUCAUAAUUAUUAACUGUAUGUUCUCAUGAAUGUUUUUCAUUCAUUCUGACUGUGCUCAUAUCUUACAGAAAAAGUUACUGGUUCCUGUGACUUUGAAAAACUCCUCAUAGAAUAAAUAAAUAAAUAAACUGACAGUCACCAUCUUGUAGUUGAGAGAUCUCAUUGUUUUGAGUUUUGGACACUUGCCGGUGUUUCCAUUAUGGGAUACGUAUUAAAAUAGUUCAAGUCAUUAUUCAGAGGACGGUCCCUCGAGCUGAUGAUGCACAACCAUCACUGCAGCCUGCAGCAGAUGAGCAGAUGCAGUGCAGAAGAUGAACCAUUAGUUCCUUCUGGGCCUUCAAAUGCAUCUCUUGAAAAAAAAAUUAAUAAUAGAAAUAAUGACCACUUUUGGCCAGCAUUUAUACCCACUUUAAUAUGAGACACUGACAACUGAUGUGUUUCAUGAUUUAUGUAUUUAUGUAUUUAUGUAUAAAACAGUUGACACCAGGCCUAAACUGAAAGUUGCUGGCCUGACAUUAAACAUUAAAAACAUGCAACAAAAGCAAAUAUGUUCAUCAAACAACACAACUUUGUAUUCUUUCAAUCAGUCAACACACAUUGGAUAACAAAAUACAACAUACAGCUAUCAAUAUGAAUCGGUUUGGCCUUGCAGUUCUUUGUGCUCUGUACCUGUUGAUACGUUACAUAGUUAUAGUGGGCGCCAAAAAAAGGCAAGCAGGCAGAUCACAGCAUGAACUGUAGUCUUUUCCUCUUCAAUCCAUGCUUACAAAUAGCGACACAGGUGUUUUGCACAGGUGAAUUACAGAUUGAUGAUUAUGCAAGUGAUUUCUAUCAGCUGUUAAUAUGUUUUCAUUUAGUGUAACACAGUUAAUCCAAUCAAGUUUUGGGUCUUUGUUUGAGAUCUGUGUUAACUGUUUUGAAAAAGGGUGUGAAAAAGUUUUAAUGCAUUUGCAAGACAAGACUUCUGCUGCGCUAGGUGAAGGUGAUGAUGAAGAUCAAGUGGAUUCCAGUUUCACUUAGCGUGUCUAAGCAAUUGAGAAAAAACUGUAAACUUGUGUGCAGGUCUUUCCGUGCCCGCCGACUGUCGUACAGUAAGCAUGACAAAUUCAGACAUUCUUUAUGGAACAGCUUCUGUACUGCCUAUGUUCUUCAACAAAGAGACAAUAAAGAAUGACAUUCAAACUCAGAAA